UGUAGCUCAGCCUCUGUGUUUGCUCCUCUCUUCAAACUAAGCCGCUGAUUUGUGGGGAGAGAUUGCUUUUCUGUUUCAAAUUCUCUGUGAGACUUCAGGGGAGGCAACAGUUGGCCCAUGUUUUGGCUCCGAUAGAUAUAAAAGUAGCCGGGCCAAUGCUGGAAGGACCCCUGCUUGGAUUCUUUAAGCACCACAUCAGAGAGAUGGGACUUACUCCGAGACCUUUGAAGAGAAAUUCGGUGAAAGGAGAGAACCAGUAGAGAAGAGGGUCGGUGCUUUUCUCAGAGAGGAACUAGCUUUCAUUGUAAUGAGCAACGCGUGAACUUGUUAACCAGGCCUUUUUUUCUUUGACCUUAAUUUAAACCGAGGAUUAGCCAUCUCAUCAGAGUUCUUGGUGAAAAGCCAAGGCUUAUUUUGCCUCGAGCUAACUCAAAUAAAAAGGAUUGGGAAGGAAAAUCAGCUGCUCAAUCCCUCUGGGAAAGCUUUUUGCAUAUUUCCUUUGGCACGGAACUUGAAGCGAUUAAAAAGCUAAUUUAUUUGGACCGACUUCAAGAAAAGAAGAUGCACCAAAUUUACAUUUUUUUGCUGUAAUGGAUUUGGAUCACUUCUAUAACUCUACUGUGGAGCGUACUGUUUAUCUACCUGGAUUCAGCUCAUCAAAGCAUCCCAGAAUGUAUUGAUAGUUUCUGUAUUCUUUGGCAAAUGGAGCUCCGUAAGAGAGUCAAGCUGAGCGAGCCUGAACAUAAUUUGAGCCUUUUUCAAGAUGCAUCACCUCCAGGGACGUGCAGUAACAAGACGUGGGACAAAAAAAGGUCUAAUGCCACACACCAGGGGGGUAAAGUGGGGCUUUCUUUGCUCAGAGGAUCCGGUACUUGUUCCGGUUCACCCCAGUGGCCAUGGCUACAGUGUGUUUCCGUGGCAACGGGGCUGCUGUUGGCCGUGGCUCUGGCACUGUCUCACGCCUGGUGCGUCGACGCCAUACACGAGAAUCUGCUGUGGUUUUCUCAGCUCACGGAAGUGGAGCGGGAGAUCUCCUUCAGGACCGAGUGUGGACUGUACUACUCCUACUUCAAGCAAAUGUUGCAGGCCCCGUCAAUACAGGAAGGCCUCUCAGAAUUGAUCCAUGACAACUUGACAGAAUCCAAGAGGACCAUUAAUCUCCUACAGCGAAUGAAUAUCUACCAGGAGGUCUUUCUCAGUGUUCUCUACAGAUCGCUGCCCGUACAGGCGUAUCUGGAGCCAGUCUAUUUCUACAUUUACACAGUGUUCUCACUCCAAGCGGUGUAUGUGAUCGCUCUGUACCUCACAGCUUGGCUCCUCUCCGGCUCCUGGCUGGCUGGUACGCUCACCGGGGUCUGGUACAUCCUCAACAGGGUCGACACCACUCGGGUGGAGUUCACCAUCUCCCUCAGAGAGAACUGGUCUCUGCCCUUCCUCGCUCUGCAGGUCACCACUAUCACCUGCUUCCUCAGGCCUCAGCUCAGCGCUUUGCAGCAGAAGGUGACGGUGUGGCUGAUGUAUGUGACCACCUUCUGUUUCUGUCUGACGUGGCAGUUCAACCAGUUCAUCCUUCUUGUUCAGGCUCUCGUCAUUUACACCCUGGACUGUGCAGACUUCCUAACAACGACACAGGUGACCACGCUGUACCUCGUCCAGGUGAGCGCCCUGCUCAGUGUGUGGCUCCUCCAGUUCUGUAACUCCAUGAUCCUGGGAUCGCUGGUCCUGAGCUUCAUCGUAGCUGCACUCUUCGUCAGACACUGCCAGUCUGGCCUGAAGACGGGAAGCCCGCUGCUUCGUCUGGGCAAGCUGCUCCUCCACAGCGCCACGGUCCUCCUCCUCACCUGCACCAUCAACUACCUGGCCAAGAGAGUACUUCAGCUCAGAUCAGACGAACACAUCUUUAAAUUCAUCCAGUCGAAGCUUGGCUUGGGAUCCACCAGAGAUUUCGAUGCCAGUCUGUAUCUGUGUGAGGAGGCUUUCGGUCUGCUGCCUCUCGACACGCUGGAGCGUCUGGCUGGUACUCUGCUGCUGUACCCCUACGUCCUCACGCUGCUGCUGCUCAGCGGCACGCUGGCGGUGGCCGCGCUGCAGAACCUGAGCAGACCUAAAGGGGGUUCAGCCGAGGAGAGGAAAGGAGGCGGAGAGGGGCGAGCGGUGGCGUUUCGUCCAGAUGUGGCCUAUAAUCUGAUGCACACGCUGUUCUACGGCCUGCUGGCUUUCAGCACCAUGAGGAUGAAGUACAUAUGGACGGGUCAUAUGUGUGCGGUGGCGGCCUACGGCGUGUGUGGGACGGAGCUGUGGACUCUGCUGCUCAACGCUCUCCACUGCAACAGUAAAGUUCUGCUGAGGCUUGUCAGAUACGCCGUCCCAGUGGCCAUGAUCGCCUGCCUGUAUUACAAGUUCUGGCCCAAGCUGAUGGAGGAGGUCUCAGAGCUGAGGGAGUUUUAUGAUCCAGACACUGUGGAGCUCAUGACCUGGAUUAGCACAAAGACCCCUAAGAGGGCCGUGUUUGCAGGCAGCAUGCAGCUGCUGGCCGGCGUCAAGCUGUGCACAGGCCGAGUUCUCACCAACCACCCCCAUUAUGAAGAUAAAGACCUGCGGGAGAGGACCAAACAGGUGUAUCAGGUGUACGGUCGGCGGUCCCCCGAGGAGGUCUACGACAUCCUGAGAGCCACCGGGGCCGACUACGUGGUUCUGGAAAACAGCAUCUGUUACGAGCGGAGACACAGACGAGGCUGCAGACUGAGAGACCUGCUCGACCUGAACAACGGACAUGUCAUGGACGGGCCGGGAGAGAACGACCCCGACCUCGUCCCCGCCUCCCACCCUCGAUUCUGCGAAGCCAUCCAGACGGAGGAUGCGGCCUACUCGGCCCUUUUCGCCAGAACAUUUCAAAACAAAACCUUCCACGUGUACAGGGUCAAGAAGAAACGCAAGAAAGGCUCCAAGACAUCGUCAGAGGCCAGCGGGACUCAGUAGCAGGAAAGUCAAAAAAAAAAAACUCCAUCAGAGGCCAGAGGGGAGAGAGAGAGAGACGGAGGAGGAGAGAAGAGUCCUCGCUGCUCCUUCGUCUCCUCUCUUGCACCGAGCCCAGCUGUGAUCACGACCAUUAUUAUUUGAACACUCGGCUCUGUGAACUGAGCUGUGAGAGCAGCGGGGGCUGCUUCCAGCUCGGGGGGGGGGGGGGCGCUCUGUUUCAGUGAGAGAGACAGAGAGAGUGUGGAAGCACCUGAAGAGUCCUGCUCUCGCUCUGGGCUCUUCUGUCCACACCCUUCCAACCUUUCAACCCGCUCUCCUCCUCCUCCUCCUCCUCCUCCUCCUCCUCCUCCUCCUCCUCCUCCUCCCAGCUCACACUGCUGCAGACGGACAAACAAAAAAAAAAAAACAUCAAGACGACCCCCUCAGCAGGGUCCGAAACACCACGAGCAAACACUAAUAUUUUAGUUUCCAUCUGAACCACUCUGUGUUAUCUUUCCACCGCAACAAGGAUGAGUCAUUGCUGCUGAGUUUUUGUUUUCUAUUGAGGCUGACAAGCGUUGAGAGAAAUGUAGGUCCAUUAAAAAAAACGUUAUAAACUCCUUAAAAAAAGGUUUGGAAACGUUAUUUCGGUCACUUUUUUUGAUUAGUCACCUUUACAACAAGGUAUAACUUGUAAGGCUCAUGCAAUCGUAGAAUGAGCAGCACAGCUAAACGUGUGGGUAGCAGGAGUGAAUACCAACAGAAGAACAUUGCAGGGGAUUUUGGCACGUUUUUUUUUGGGCACUACCCAAGUUAUAUACCUCAUUGUAAAGGUGACUAAUCAGGCUUUCCAACGAUAUAAAACACAACACAAAUUAGUAUUAUUAAAGGGGGUGAAAUAAGUGACUGAAAUAUUGUUUCCAAACUUUUUUUGAGGAGUUUAUUAUAUGAUUAAAACAUCCUAAAAGUCGAGUCAGGGACUGCGGGUGCAAAUUAGGGCGCACUCACACUAGGCAAUCCGUACCGUGCCUAAGCAUCCUUCACUCUCUAAGUCCAGGUCGUUGGACUAGUGGGAAUGCUCUGCUGCAUGCUCAAGCAUCGUACACUUCCUCUGCCCUGGCACGCUUUGAAGAGGUUUGCUUCGGCACGGUACAGUUCAUGCACGAGCACAACCGAUAUCGAGAAAUCCCGGAGUGUUCUGGAUGUGUCCGAAUCGAGUGACUCAAAAUAAGACAAAGUCAGUAAAGUAGCUGUCGUGUUCUCUGACUUGUGGACGCGGAUUCGACCGUGCACCUUUUUUUUUUAAGGUUUGAGUCCCACGCUUCAUGAUCACAUAAAGCCAUGCAUGUGUUGUGUUACGGCGUUAUGUAUAAGAAGUAACCGUGCUCAGGCCCGGUUAGUCCUGGAGCAGUGUGACCGCAGGCCAGUGGAGGAAUGAGGGGAGGGGGGACAAUCGUGCUUAAACACAGAGCGGAGCAACAUUGCCUGGUGUGAGUGCGCCCUUAGCCACGCCCAGAAACCCGUAUGCAUGACAUCUACUUGAUAUUUCAAAUAUGAAGCGAUGUUCAUUACAUGUGUCCCUGUUAAAUAAAGAAAUAGAAUAAAUAGAAUAAAACAUUUAAGCAACAACAACAACAGCAAACCUUUAAAACUUUAAAAGUUAUAUCAAAAGUAAAGAUUAUUUUAUUAACUUCAUACACUGCAGUAAAAACAGUACGACGUGUGCUUUUGGGCUAAUGUAACUAAGUAAACUCAGAGAUGUGAUGAGCCUCACAGACGAGGAGAUCUUAAAGGUCUUUAACCUUCACAGAACUUUCUGUUAGUCAAAGUUUUUAUAGAAAAACAUUAGUCCGAAGGCUAGAAAAUAAAUUUACAAGCUCAAGUCCAUUCAGCGUUUAAACUGUGUUUUGACUCAUUUCAAGUUUCAUCCAUGUCGUUAAAAAGUUUACUAAAGGUUUCUCUCGACCUUGCAGAUAUUUAUAUGACGACCCAAUCAGAACCGAGGUCCAUCUUUGGUGAUAUUGUUGAAAAAUCGAGAAAUGAUCGGUUUUGGUUUUGAGCUCCUGAAAAUACUCAAGGCGUAACUUGAGUCUGUUUGAGGUUUACACUUCUUCUUCUUCUUUUUAUUUUUCUGUGACAAAAAAAUCCUCGCAGAUAUUUCCUGUUUUUCUUUUCUUUUUCCAAAGCCAGCACACUUCCUGUUCAAACUUUGACUGUGAGGUUUCGUCCUGUGGAUGUGUUUUUGUCUCCUGUGGGAGUUUACACCGUUUGUUUAACUUUGACCACUGGCUUGAAUCACAUCAGUUUGGCACUAUUUGUGGAGAGAUGUAUUUGGCUGCAUCUGAUCGGUUACCCCUUUUAAAGGAAAGACUGAAAUUCUUUGAGUCAGUUUGGAGGUUGUAACCGCUGCUCGAAUGUGUUUUGGGCGUUAAAAGCGAGGUCAAAGCUGGUACCAAGUGAUAUUUUUUGACAGUGUUGUUUUGUUUUGAUUGCUGUCGGCUCUGUGAUUCUCAUCAUCAGCAGCCUCCACCUUUCCACUCGCUCGUCUCUCACACACACACACACACACACACACACACACACACAUGAAUAAUGUAAGUGGCGAGGAAAUUGCGGCUGGCUGACAACGAUGCUGAUUCCCCGCUGCAAUCCAAAAUAGUUUGUAAAAGAGAGGGAGGGAGGGAGGGAGGGAGGGAGGGAGGGGGGCAACACUUGCAUAUCAAACUGAGGCUUUGUGGUUAGAGAAGAAAGUGAGGAGGAGCGGCGGGGAGGGCGGCGAGGACAGAAAAGACUCAUGUUUAAACAGCAGCAGACGAGAGAUGAGAGUGCAUCAAAACACGGAUUCACAAUGAUCUGAGCCCCUUCCUCGCUUUUUGUUUCUCUUCCUUCCAAGAAAGAGAAAGAAGAAGGAGGUGAUUGAAAGGCUGGAGCUGUGUCUGUAAUUAUGGGCCGGCCAGUCCCAGCUGCCUGCUACAAAGAGCUGUUAUGAGGGUACAACACACACACCUUCACCCCCCCCCCCCCCCCUCGCUCGCUCGCUCCCUACCUUCCUCUCAGUCUGCCUAUAUUUGUACACUUGUUAAUAAGGACCUCUGUCUUUGAUAACCCACACACUCGCAGAUGCAUGACUCCCUCCUGCAGCGGUUUGUUGUGGAGCUUUUUUGAUAACGUGUUGUUCGUUAGCCGCGGCCUCGUUGUAAUGCAUACCAAUCAGAUCAGUGUGCCGCAGCUACAACUCCCCGCUCCCGCCUUUUUAUUAUUGGAUGUUUAAUUUAGGAGAUGUGUGAUUGCUUUAUCCGAGAGCGAAGUGAUUCCAUUAUGUCUGCCUAAUAAGAGUUUACUAAUGUCA